AGCGACCCGUCAAUAAGCAAAAUGUUGUCAAGACUUGCUAAGAGAAACUGCAGAUUAGUCAAGUCUGUUAGACCAAUUGUUCCAACCGCAAUUGUAAGAUUUCAAUCCACCACAGCUGAGCCAAAGGAAGUGUUUACUAAACUUUCUGACACUGCUGACCCUCAACGUAGUCAAUUCUUUCAAUAUACCUGGGGAUCAUGGUUGACUGACGACAAACUCAAGAAGAAACAACGUGAAACUGUUUUCUCCAUUGAAGGAAUUAGUACUCUUGUCGAUGAAUUGAAUGGUCAUAAGGGCGAUGGCACUAUCAACACCCCUAAGCAAUUAAAGGAUGGUACUUCUAUCCUUUCUCACAAUUUAAAUGAAGAAAUACUUGGGAAGUUGGGCCAAGGCACUUCCAAGUUGUUGAUUAAGUCAAUUGCUAGUGUUUAUGAAGGUAAGCACCAUCGUAUUUACAAGUUGUUGUUGAGUACUGGUAAAGAACUUGCUUUGAGAAUUCCAUACAAGUUGGAAUCAGAUUUUGCAAUUUCUGCUAAAAUAAAGAGUGAGGUUGCCACAUUAGAUUUCUUGAACUUGAAGUUGGGCUUGAAUGUUCCUAAGGUAUUGGCUUAUGGUGAAUCCAAAUCUAACCAACUUCAAACCCCUUUUAUCUUACAAGAGUUCAUUGACGGUAGUUUACUUAUGAAGAACUGGAAUCCUUUGUUGCCUGAUUCAGAAGGAAGCGCCAAACAUUUGAAAGAAGUUAUUGAUCCAAUUGCUGAUUUCAAUGAUAAGUUAUUAUCAAUCACUUUCAACAAGUAUGGUUCAUUAUACUUCAAGAACGACGUCGAUGUCAAAUUACAAUCAGAUUUGCCAUAUGAAGGAGAAACCGACAACGUUUUAGCCAACAGAUGGAGAAUUGGUCCAAGUGUAGAAAGACCAUUCACCAAGAACAAGGGCAAGUUAACUAAAGCUCAAAUUGAACAAUACAGCGGUCCAUGGACUAAUCCAGUUGAUGUCAUUACUUCUGUUGCUGACAUCGAAUUAGAAAAUGCCAAGACUAGAUUAUCAUUAGUUCAAGCUGAUGCUGGAGAAGUCACCAGUGAAGAUUUAUUAAAGAAGCAAGUCACUACUUUUGAACAUUUUAAGCAAAUUGGUGCCAAGUUGUUAAACCCAACUUCCAAGUCUAUUAUGAAUGUUGAAGAGUUGUUCAAGCCAAGAUUGUAUGUUCCUGAUUUAGAUCCAUUGAAUGUUAUCGUUAAGGAUGGUGAACAUUACUUUGUUGAUUUCGAAGGUGCUACUAUUAAACCAUUCAUUUUGACCAACUAUCCUAACUUUGUCGCUUACCACGGAGCUAAGGUUUUCGACUUAGAACAAGACAUCCCAGGAUAUAACGAAAUGGACGAAGUUGAAAAGCAACAAUAUGAAUUCAUGUACUACAAGACCAGAAAUGAACGUCUUUGGGAAGUGGAAUUGAACAACAAAAGACACGAUUUGAUUGCUGUUGCAUCUCCACACAUCAAAUUAUUAAAGAGUCCUUAUAUUCAAACUCUUGAAAUGAAAUCAGACAAGGAUUAUCUUUACAUUGAAGGAUCAAUUAUUCAAUUGCAAGCCAUGUGGGAUUCUUAUGUUGCCAAUGAAUUGACCAAUACUAGUGAAAGUGAAUUCCCAGUCGAAUACACCGAAGCUGAAUUAGACCAACACCAAACUGAUUUACAAGAGUUCCAAUUGGAAACUGUAUCUACUCCAUUUGCAGCUAGUGGUGGAUGGAUCCCUCAAGAUAUUUUCAACACUUUGAAAGAACAAGGGAUUAUUGUUGAAACUGAAGAUGGACAAUACAAGUUAGAAACUGAAAAAAUGUUGGAUGAAGAACCUAAGCAGGAUUAGUUAUGUAUAAACUUGUAAAUAUAUUAAAUCUAUUUUAGUAGCUAGUGUGAACCGCGUGUUCCCGCGAGGUAAUGAUAUAUAAGUGUUCGCCAACCAGCUCAGCGAUUACAAGUAUUUCCGUGCUAGUUGCUUCACUUUCAAGUCAAACUCGGGAGAUAUUAUGGCAUCAUUGACGGCAUAGAACGGAUUCAACAAGGUCUUGACAUAUAGCUCAUUAAUCUCGUUAAAGAACAGCCUUAUGGAAUUUUCCUCCUUGACAUUCCCGUCAUAACAAAGGACAAACUUGAUGUUACCGGGAGUGAUGAAUGCAUUGAUGGAAAUGCCAUAGAACGUGUCGAUCUUGCCCAAAUUCAAUUGAUUUGAUGUGAAUUGGGCGUCUUCUAUUAAAUCCAAGGAUGAGUUGGCUAUGAAUGGUAACAACUCCUUGACGUUUGGGGCAAACCUGGCCUUGCCUGGUAUUGGUGGUGGUGUAUUUGGUGUGCUUGGUGACGAAAGGAUGGUUGUGUUUUUAAACGAGGCAAAUUCUAGUUCAUAGAUCGGAUUAUCUCGUGUGCCUAUUAUGGCCAAGUAAUAUGAUGACAUUAUAUCCCUGUGCUAACGUAUUGCUUGAACUG